AUGGUAGCGCGGCGGCGUACCAAACGUCUCGCUGUACGCAAGUCGGGUAGUAGUGAUUUGAAUGAUGACAUCGAUAUGAUGGGACAAACACAAGAAAAUGAGAAGAUUGAGGUGAGUGUUACGUCAAAGGAAAUUUUGCCUAAACAAAUGGCACUAGCGAAACUAUUACGAUCAGAAAAUAUACUAAGCAUAUUGAGUAUUAAAUAUAAAAGUCCUUUUAAAGUUUUGAUAGAGUUUGGUGACAAAGAAAAUGCUCAUAAACUACUAAGCAAUAAAAGGUUUGCGGAAGCAGAUUAUAGAUGUCAAUUAACAGAGGGGUUGCAAAUGAUAUUCGGUGUAGUACGAAAUAUUGAUUUAGAUGUUCAAGAGGAAGAAAUGCUCGCGAGUUUUGAAAGUGAAUUCGAAAUUUUAUCUAUUAAGAGAUUAAGGAGAUGUUUAGAAAAUGGUGACUGGAUUGAGAGUGAAUCAGUAAGGGUGUGUUUUAAGAGUCCUACCUUACCCUCGUAUAUACUGAUAUACGGGUGCAGAUUUAAGGUGGAACCAUUCACAUUUCCUGUCACGCAGUGCUCUUCCUGCUGGCGCUAUGGCCACACAAAGAAAUUUUGUCCAAGAAAGAAGGAUUUUUGCCCAAAAUGUGGAGAACAACACUCAAAUUGUGAGACCAAGAUAUAUUCUUGCAUUAACUGCAAUGGGAAUCAUAUGGCACUUGAAAGAAUGUCCUGUCCAGUAUUUCUCAAAGAAAAGGAGAUCAGGAAGAUUAUGUGUGAGGAAAACUGUAAAUAUCGACAGGCUUUGCUUAUAUAUUAUGAUAAAAAGAAAUUAAGUGAUAGACGUCAGCGUUAUAAUAUGAACGAAACAAAUGAAGAAUUCAACAAUCGUAACGUAAAUUAUAAUGAGACGAAUUUGAAUAAGACUUAUAGAGAUGUUCUAGUUACUGAAGCUGAAAUUCAUAAUGAGAAGAAAGAAGAGUCAUCAGAUAGUGAAAUAGAAAUGGAAAAUAUUGAGACGGUACAUACUGGGUCACAGAAAGAAAAAAAAAGGAAGAAAAAAGGAAGUAAGGUAGAACGUGUAGUUGGUGAUACAGAAUAUAUAGCUCAAAACACAGAAAGAGAAAGACGCCAAGGAGAAAAUAGAGAAGAAUAUGAGAAGAGACGUAAGAGAUUUGACUUUUAUUUCAAUACAUGUGUUCACACAAGCUUGGAUGAAGAAUCCCGCAAAAAACCAGAACCCAUGUGUCGGUCGGAUGGCGUGUGCGCUGGCAGGGAGAUCACCGCGUGA